GCAUCAGCGAUUCACUCAGUCGACUACCAGCGGUCGAAGUGUGAACCUCAGUCCCGUACUGAACUCUUUUUAAGCUUGACAAUGGCGAAAAUCGGAAUCAACGGAUUCGGUCGUAUCGGUCGCCUUGUGCUCCGCGCUGCCCUGGAGAAAGGCGUCGAGGUUGUCGCCGUCAACGACCCGUUCAUCGAUGUCACCUACAUGGUCUACAUGGUCAAAUAUGACUCUACCCACGGACGCUUCAAGUGUGACGUCCACGAGGAGGGUGGCAUGCUCGUCGUCGGCGGCAAGAAAAUCCAAGUCUUCCAGGAGUCUGACCCCACCAACAUCCCAUGGGCGAAGGCCGGAGCUGAAUACAUUGUCGAGUCUACCGGAGUGUUCACCUCUCUCGAGAAGGCGGAGGCUCACCGAAAGGCUGGAGCGAAGAAAGUCAUCAUUUCAGCCCCGUCCCCCGACGCCCCCAUGUUCGUCAUGGGUGUCAACCACGACAAAUACGACAACAGCAUGCACAUCGUGUCGAACGCCUCUUGCACCACCAACUGCUUGGCUCCUCUUGCCAAGGUAAUCAACGACAACUUCACCAUUGUCGAAGGUCUCAUGACCACCGUGCAUGCCACUACUGCCACGCAGAAGACUGUCGACGGUCCCUCGAAGAAGGAUUGGCGUGGUGGACGUGGCGCUGCCCAGAACAUCAUCCCGUCCUCCACCGGCGCCGCCAAGGCUGUCGGAAAAGUCAUCCCAGAGCUCAACGGAAAGCUCACAGGAAUGGCUUUCCGUGUCCCGACUCCCGACGUCUCUGUCGUGGAUCUGACUGUCCGACUCGGCAAGGAAGCUUCGUACGACCAGAUCAAAGCUGCUCUGAAGGCCGCUGCCAACUCCGAUCAAUGGAAAGGAAUCCUCGGAUACACUGAGGACGAGGUCGUGUCCACCGACUUCCUCGGAGACACUCACUCUUCGAUCUUCGACGCGAAGGCCGGAAUCUCUCUCUCACCGACUUUCGUGAAGCUUGUCGCUUGGUACGACAACGAGUACGGAUACAGCCAUCGCGUGGUUGACCUCAUCAAGUACAUGAAGUCCAAGGAAUAAACUCAUGACCUUCCCUUAUCGACUACUCGAGAGCCGUACUCCGGAUCAUGUAAUGACGCUGGAGUGGGGAUACAAUCAGGAAUCUCGCCGAUUUCUCGUCCCCGCACCGAGUUGCUCUUUCAUAGCAGCCCUGUCCCGUGGGCUUUUUAGUUGAUGUCGGUGAUCAAGCUAUGUCGAUAAAGGCUGUUCGAUUAUGAAUGAGUGUCAAUAAAAUAAGUCAUUCAACUAGCUGAGGCUAAC